AUGGCGUCGAUGGAGAAGAACGAAGGCCAUGUGGCUGAACGAGUCACUUCAGCGCCUGGCCCCCAUGUCGUCGACGAUACCAGCGCGGCCAUUAGCAACGAGCACAACAUGUCUGUCAGAGAGUCUCUGCGGUUCUGGUGGAAAGCAAUUGUUUUCUCCUUUGUCAUCUCGCUGUGUGUGGUCAUGGAAGGUUACGAUACGAGUCUCAUGAACAAAUUCUUCGCCUUUCAGCCCUUCCGAAACAAGUUUGGCGAUCAAGUCGAUGCCGACGGCCCAGAAGAUCAUUUCAGCGCGGUCGGGUGCAUUCUCGGUCUCAUCAUCAACGGCUACAUUACUGAAUGGAUUGGAUACAAGAAGACCAUGGUCGCCAGCAUGCUUUUCAUGGCCGCUGCCGUCUGUAUCCCAUUCUUCUCGACUGGACUGGAAAUGUUCCUUGUAGGUGGCAUUAUCCAGGGUCUUCCAUGGGGUGUCUUUCAGACACUAGCAAUCUCUUAUGCUGCGGAUCUAUGUCCUACGCAUCUGAGAGGAUACAUGACUUCCUGGAUCAACAUGUGCUGGGUUAUCGGCGGUUUACUAUCGACCGGUAUCCUUACUGGGCUGAUGAAGAACAACACACAAUGGGGCUACCGGAUACCCUUUGCACUCCAGUGGAUCUGGCCCGUUCCCAUCAUCGCCGCCACCCUCCUUGCGCCCGAAUCCCCAUGGUGGUUAGUCCGAAAGGGUCGUAUCAACGAGGCCAAGGAGGCAAUCCGGAAGAUUACCACCCCUACAGAUGGUGUCGAGUUUGAUCUAGAUGCACACGUUGAAAUGAUGGUCGUUACCAACGAAUACGAGAAGCAAGUCGGCUCCGGAACGAACUACUGGCAUCUUUUCCGGGGAAGUGACCUACACCGCACCGAAGUCAGUGCAAUGGCAUUUAUUACUCAAAGUUUAUGUGGAGUUCCUUUCAUGGGCUUUGGAACACAGUUCAUGCAGGGCGUCGGCCUCAGUCAGGACGACUCGUUCCACCUUACCGUCGGCCAGGACUGUCUCGGUCUGAUGGGAUGUGUCAUGGCAUGGUGGAUUAUGACACGGUUUGGCCGGCGACCGAUUUACCUUACCGGUCUUUCUGCAAUCACCAUCAUUCUCUUGAUUGUUGGAUUUAUUGGCCUUGCACCAUCAACAAAUAAGAGUGCAAGUCUAGCGGGCGGCAUUCUGAUCAUCUUGAUGGUUUUUUGCUUUCAGCUUUCUCUAGGGCCCAUUUGCUACUCACUCGCAGCCGAGAUCCCCUCGUCUCGCCUUCGCGUCAAGACCGUUGCGCUUUCCCGUGCUUCCUACAACUCCAUCGUUUUCGUCACAAACACCAUUAUGCCGAAGAUGGUAGGCAAGAAUGACUGGAACUGGGGCGCAAAGGGCGGCUUCUUCUGGGCCGGUAUCUCAUCACUAUUCAUCGUAUGGGGAUACUUCCGCCUUCCCGAACCAAAGGGCUUCACAUACUCUGAGCUCGAUCUCAUGUUCGAACACAAGGUUUCUGCGCGCAAGUUCACGCGGGAGGCAGCGGACGCAUUGAAGCCAAACUUGACGGACGUUGCAACGCAGUAUGAGAAGCAGAACAACGUUGAGCGUGUGGAGUCACUUCUUCACCGCUGUACCUACUCUGUAUUGCCAUAUUCGUUCCUGCAAGCGUCAUCGUGA